ACUCUCAAGUCUCAGACACGUUCGAGCUUUCAACAGAAUCGGACUGGCUGUCGUCGCGCAGCAAAUUUCUCGUUCAUUUAUUUUUUCGUAUUCAAACACUAGUCGGUAUGACAGCUAUAUAGUUGUUAUAAGCGAAAGUUAUCAUUGUAAAACAACUAAUUUUCGAUUUGUAUUUAUAAACAAUUAAAAAUUGAUAAUGGCAACCUUGGCCUAUUUGUUUACACUUGUUGUCGUUUGUGUCAAUUCAGUUGCAUCGUCCGAAUCGGCGGGGGAUGUGCAACUUUGGCUGUCAAUAAGUGCACAACAACGUCAGUUAGAAGUGUCAUGGAUAAAUGCCAGAUCUCAUCCCGGCGAUAUGGUAUUGAUAACCAAUCAAGAACCGUUAGCAUUCGAAAAGGUCAAACUACAAAUGACCACCGAAAUGUUGGGUGAAAGUUUUGAGGGUAGUGGAAGUGGGGCAGGUGGAGGUUUAAUACCUCAAAUUGACACUUCACCAAAAUCAUUAUUAGACGUAAUCCCCCUAGACACUAGCAGCGGUGGCACUGACUCAUCUCAAUUUUAUUGGAUUAGCAAUGGUGGGCAGGCAGAUGUAGUCGCAUUAGUGAGACCAGUUCAAUCAAAACAAUGGUUCACCACUCCGGUACGCUUUGAUUACGGUCUGUCACAAAAUGUGACAGCUUAUACAAAAUGCUAUGGCUAUUGGGCGAGUUAUGUGGAUAAAAAUGGAACAAUUUUGGCGAGUAAUUGUAUGCGGGCCUAUCCAAAGUGGAUGAAUGAAAUGAGAUCUGUUGUGAGUGGAUUGCGAAUUAGAGAUUUAUUUAUACCGGGCACACACGAUUCGGGGUCAUAUCGGCCGAACUUCGCACCAUCGAGAAGAGAAACUAUUGUGACGAAGUAUGCAUUGACACAAGACGAUGAUAUUCGGGGGCAAUUGAUGCAUGGUGUAAGGUAUUUGGAUAUUCGAGUGGGUUAUUAUAAGAAUACACCAGAUUUGUUUUAUGUUAAUCAUGGAAUAACGCGGCAGAGGCCGCUGUCGGAGGUGGUGGAUCAAGUUAUGGAUUUUGUGCUGGAGACAAAUGAAAUUGUGAUAUUUGGAGUUAAGGAGUUUCCAGUGGGUUUUGGAAAAACGCUCGGUGUCCAUCGUUUACUGGUUUCAUAUUUGAAAAAUCGUUUUGGCCAAUUACUGGUGACACCUAAUGUAUCUUGGCAAGUCUUUCUCGGCGAUGUCUGGAGAAUGAAUCAAAACAUUUUCCUCGCCUACGACCAUGGACCAACGUUGUGGGAAUUUUCAGAAAUUUUAUUUGGUCCAAUUGAACAGCGAUGGGGAGAUGUUCGCACAUGGCCACGUCUUGAGAAGCAUUUAAUUUCAAUCAAUGAAUAUGAUAGAAUGAGACUAUCAAGUCGUCCAGUUGCUGAUAUGGCAGAAUUGACGCCUGAUACUUGGGGUGUUAUAACUGACAAAUAUGGUGGAUUACGCAAAAUGGCCGAUGAGGUUAAUUGGCGAAUAACUGAUUUAUAUCGCGAUCGAUUGGGUGAGCAUGCAAAUAUUGUUGCAGCUGAUUUUAUUCGUGGAACGUGUUUGGUUGAAAUUGCUAUGGAAUUGAAUAAGAAAAAAGUUAUAAAUAGAUGACUUUAUGAGAAAAAUGAUUAUUAUUAAAAAACUGAGAAAAUAUGAAAA